AUGUCAAACCCAAUCGUGAUGCACGACGAAGUUCCCGUAGAAACCACCUCUGUGGACUUGACAACCGGGCCAGAAGAAACUACCCCAGAUGCUACUAUUGACGAUGAGGAGGAAAAUAUUGAAGAUAAUAAACCACCAAAUUAUAAGAGGAUAUCAGAUGAUGAUCUUUAUAGGCAUUCCUCACAAUAUAGAUUUUGGUCUUUUUCUAAGGAGAGACUUCGGGAGAAAAGGGUGAAUACAAAUAAGAUCGCAGCUGACACGAUUUACAAAAACAUAUUGGAUUUCAAAAAUCAGCAAGAUUUAACCCAGGAACAAUUAGAUGUUUUAGAUGCACGGACACAACCAUUAUCCGUAGAUGAUGAAUUAAAACUGAUUAAUUUCUAUGCCAAGAAAGUUCAAGUAAUAUCUCAACAUUUAAACCUACCAACGGAAAUUAUAGCUACAUCAAUAUCUUUCUUCAAGAAAUUCUUUUUAGAAAAUUCUGUAAUGCAAUAUGAUCCCAAGAGUUUGGUUCAUACUACUAUUUUCCUUGCAUGCAAAGCUGAAAAUUAUUUCAUUAGUGUGGAUUCAUUUGCGAAGAAGGCAAAACCUAAUAGAGAGGCAAUUUUAAAAUAUGAAUUUAAACUCUUAGAAAGUUUGAAGUUUUCACUCUUGAUUCAUCAUCCAUAUAAGCCUCUUCAUGGGUUCUUUUUGGAUAUUCAAAAUGUUCUUCAUGGGAAAGUGGAUUUGAAUUAUAUGGGUCAAACUUAUGAUAAAUGUAAGAAGAAAAUCACGGAAGCAAUCCUAACGGACGUAGUUUAUCUUUUCACCCCGCCACAGAUUACUUUAGCUAUUUUAAUGAUUGAAGAUGAGGCAUUAAUAACAAAGUAUUUGGAAUUGAAGUUUUCGGUCAACAGUGAGAAGAAAAACAAUGAUACGAUUAGUUUUUCAACACUUUUAACGAUAAUAAAUGACUGUAAGUCGUUUAUUCAAGAGGAGAAAUCUGUUUCGACAGACGAUGCACGGAAGAUUGCUGCACAAAACUUCUUUUGUCAAAAUCCAAUGGAUUUAAUUCAAAGAAUGAAAAGAAAACAGCCAGAAGAAGAAACUACAGCUUCUCCAGAGAAGAAACCAAGAGUUGCCUAA